CGUGCGCACUCGGUCACAAGAGGGCACGGCUCAGUCUGUACUCCAGCCGCGGGGGCCGGGAGGGGCGGGGUUUACCAGCCCUACCAAGGUUCACUCUUGCGCAGAGUCCAGAAGUCGGCAAACCUUCCGCGAUGAACGGCAUGAAGCGAAGUGCGGCGGAGGUCUUAAAGGCCAUGGCCAAUUCUAAGUGCUUUGAUAGAGUUUUGGAAAAGGUGACCUUUGUCUCUUCUGCUCCUGAGAAAUUGGUUUGUGAAAUGAAAGUAGAAGAACAGCAUACCAAUAAAAUGGGCACUCUCCACGGUGGUUUCACUGCCACGUUAAUAGAUAACAUAUCAACAUUGCUUCUGCUAUGCUCGGAAAGGGGAGUAACUGGAGUCAGUGUCGAUAUGAACAUAACGUACAUGUCACCUGCUAAACUAGGAGAAGAUAUAGUUAUUACAGCACAUAUUCUGAAGCAAGGAAAAACACUUGCGUUUGCCUCUGUGGAUCUGACCAAUAAGGCCACGGGAAAAUUAAUAGCACAAGGCAGACACACAAAGCACCUGGGAAACUGAGAGAACAGCAACCCAACAAUGAAUAUCAAGUGUAAAUCUAACUUGAACAAAUGUAAUUUUCAAAAUAAAUUCGCACAACCAGAA